AUGGCGUCUGGCAGCGGGACAAAAAACUUGGACUUUCGCCGAAAGUGGGACAAAGAUGAAUAUGAGAAGCUCGCGGAGAAGAGACUCACAGAAGAGAGAGAAAAGAAGGAUGGAAAACCAGUGCAGCCAGUUAAGCGGGAGCUUCUACGGCACAGGGAUUACAAGGUGGACUUGGAGUCCAAGCUUGGGAAGACAAUUGUUAUCACCAAGACCACCCCACAGUCUGAAAUGGGAGGCUACUACUGCAAUGUCUGUGACUGUGUGGUGAAGGACUCCAUUAACUUCCUGGAUCACAUUAAUGGAAAGAAACAUCAGCGAAACCUGGGUAUGUCUAUGCGCGUGGAACGUUCCACUCUGGAUCAGGUAAAGAAACGUUUUGAGGUUAACAAGAAGAAGAUGGAGGAGAAGCAGAAAGAUUAUGAUUUUGAGGAAAGGAUGAAGGAGCUCAGAGAAGAGGAGGAAAAGGCUAAAGCAUACAAGAAAGAGAAACAGAAGGAGAAGAAAAGGAGGGCCGAGGAGGACUUGACUUUUGAGGAGGAGGAUGAAAUGGCAGCUGUGAUGGGCUUCUCUGGCUUUGGUUCUACCAAGAAGAGUUACUGAAGCGUUCUCUGUGGCCUAACUUUGGCCUUUACUGGACCUAACUUUGAGUGUGUGUUGAGGUGGGGUGGGGGUGUCAUUUCUUUUUUGGGUACUGGAGAAGGUCCUUAAGAGUGUUAAUGGGCAGGGCUAGAGGGUGGGUGUUUGUGGUUUCCCUCUACGUUAGGAGAGGGCACAGGAUGUAGAGGAGACGCUGUGGCGUAUUCCUUCUGCCUCAGUACAUUACUGGAGUCACAGAACCUCUGCCCGUCUGUGUUCCCAAUAAAGAAAGAUCUCCCUCUUUGAGACUGCUUUCCCCAAAUUCCCCUGCAUCUUUCCCUCUUCAUCUUUCCACCUUUUGUCUGAACAUCCUCCUUUUUCCUGUGUCCUGCUAUUGUUUUAAUUUUUACUUUUGUUCAGCUUGCAACAGAAGGGUUUUCUGAGUCUCCAGUAUGCAGGUGCUGGCAUAUCCUUGGCCCAGCUCUUCCUCCCAUCCCACCCAGCGGUUCUCUACCCACUUGUGCAUGCAUGUGAUUUCUGCCUGGGUCAAUGUGUGUGUGGGUAUGUGUGCAUGAUGUGUCACAAAGAGGGGACCUGGGCUAGAAUCUCAGAGCAUUGUUGCCCUGAGACCUAAUGUUCUUGGUUUCCUCGGUGCAUGUAACAGGAUAUUAAAUGGGAUGAGUGUUUGGUGUGGUUUGUGUCUGGUGAGUUUUUAACCUUGUUUCUUCCGUUUCACUUCAUUGAGGAUUUCUGGUUUUGUCUUCCUUGGGAAUGGUUCUUGGAAGAACCUGUUUGAUGCAAAAAAGAAAGCAACAAAACAACCCUAAAACCAAACAAAGAAACUCAUGCGGGGAGACCCCGGUUCUCAGACACUGUUCAACAUGUACAAUAAAUGACAGUGAUGAGGCCUGCUUCACAUUUGUUGGGAACAUGUCCAUAUCAUUCCCUGCCCCACACAUUCCUACACCAAGAAUUUCUAUAGAGCCUUUCUAUAGAGCCUUUCAACACCCCUCCCCCCUUACAUAGAGGUUUCCUUAGUGUGAGUUUUUCCCUCUGCAGAUAGGCACAGGAUCUGUGCCCUUGGGAGUCCAAACAAAACAUUUCAGUCCCCUAUAAUUUUCGUCCCCUCUGAUCUUCCUAGGAGAACUCAGGGUUAAACUUAACUAUCUGCACUUGGGCGGGCACUUGACUCUGCUUGCCUCUCCAGUGUUGAGAUUAAAGGUGUGCCCUCCA